CUGCUGAAGAGUGCGUUUUGCCCACCCAAAACACGUGCGUUGCAUUGCAAAAAAGGAAACCCCUGAGGAACCUGCCUUAGGACUGCAGUAGACGGGGCCGCGCGCCACUGAGCUUGGACCCAAGAUUAAAUUUACACAUUCUAUCUAUCUGAACUUAAGGCCAAGCCUGGCUCAGGCGCUACGCGCACACCGAGUGCCAAUCGAAGCCAGGGCUUCUACAACGCGCCCAAGCUGGUUCGCAUUUCCUUUAGGAUAUCUAUAUGGCUAUGAUGAGCAGUAGGCAUCAAGCCUAUUCAUAAUAGCGAGGAGCCGGCCUGCCGACUUACCUCUGAGUAGAAAGCACCCAGGCCAGCCAAAAUGGGUGGCUGCAUGUCUAAAGCGCCGGUGGAUGAGGGUUCCGUGCUGAGCCAAGCACUGGAGCGUAAAUUAAUCAACGCCAUCAUUACCACUAAGCGACGAAAAUCCUUCAAGGUUAAGAAGAGCUCCUUCAAUAACCUCAUGCUUCAGAUGCCCAAACUGACAGCGGGCUUCAAGAAGAUACGUGAGGCCCACAGCGCUGUAACGGGUGGCAAGGCAACGGUGCCAUGGAGCACGUUCUGCCAGAGUUGCGCCACGGCGCUGGGGCUGGACGGGUCCUCAGCAUCUCUGAAGGAGCUGCUGGACAUUCCGGAGGUGGGGCCGGAGGUGCCCGUGACGCACGGUGACAUCAUCAUCAUGUUCACGGUGCUGUACCUGCUGGACGGCUCCACCAAGCGGCGCACCAUUGUGGCGCCGGAGGUGCGGUCGUGUCUGGAGCUGAUGGAGAAGAGCUUCAUGUUCUUCGACAGCUCGGCGGACGGGUGCAUCGAGCGCAAGGAGCUGGCUGUGGCGCUCAAGAGCGGCACACGUGUGUUUGGGCGCAAGGCGUCAAAGAGCCUGGCAGACCGGCUCUUCGACCAGCUGGACUGGUCCAAGGACGGCCAGAUCACGUUCUGCGAGUACCUCAUCGGCAUGGAGCGCAUCAUCAUCGAGACGGCGGGGGACGAGGGCGAGGAGGACGACGACCUGGUGGGGGAGGAGGAAGAGGAGGAGGAGGAGGACGAGCUGGAGAACAUGGAGCCCUGGGACGGCAAGACGCCCAAGUCGGCGGUGGGGGGCGAGGGCGCCAAGGCCAACAAAAACAUCUUCAAGGAGAUGGCGGUGGCGGACAAGCUGGCCGCAGCCAACUCCAGCGCAGGCGGCGACGAGGUGCGGCCCUUCAGCACCUCGGGCAUGGUCGCCACAGACCACGACAUAGCGUGAGCGGCGGCUGGAGGGCGGCCGCGGCGGCGGCGGCGGCGGCUGGCGGCGGCGGCUGGCGGCGGCGGUAGCACAUGCACAGCUCUCACCUGGGCCGUUGUGUCUGGCCCUGGCAACUGUUGGUGAGGGCGAGCAGCUUCUGGUAGCUUCGGCAACGGUAUUGUUGCUGUUGCCAUGCUGCGCCGCGGGCGCGGUUGCUAGCACGCAUAUCCGGCGGGCUGCAGUGGCUUCCAGGGGAAGCAUCGAACGUGUCAGAACUGGCGUGCGGAGACCUCAAGUAUGAUUGCGAUGUCUUCUUUAUCUUAUCCUUAAGCCUUGUCGCGAAGUCUCACGCCACUACGGCUGAGCCAGGGGCUGUGCGAGAAGGUGAUGCGUGUAUACGGGCACCCGGAAAACGGCUCGGCCUGAAGAUUAGGCCGGGGCGUUGCCGGAAGUGCUUCGGCCCCUCAUGAGCCAGGGGAAGCAUCAGUGAAAGACCCCAGGGUUUGCAGCCCUGACACCUACAUUGCGCUUACAUGAGUACUGCUGUUGUGCUAACGCGGCUGGGUCUGUUGCGCCCGUUUGCCACGUCGACUUGGGCAGCCUGCAUAAGGCUGCGCCAGGUAGCACUGAUCGUGGAGCAGGAAGGGGGAAUGGCACUGCGAUAGAAAGUGACCGGAUUGGCAGGAUUUGACUGACCUCGGGGACUGUUGAUGAUCGCCCCGGCCUGUCGGGCCUCUGGCUGGGCGCGGGGUGGUGGGGUGUGGAAUUCUUUGUGGGUUUGUCUUUGUCCGGACGGUUGUGGGGACCUGGCUUCCGAUGGGACGUGGCCCUGGUGGACGCGAGCCCGUCUCGACGCCGGAUAGGGCACUUUGCGGGCCUUGCAGGGAAUGCGAGGAAGCUUCACACGUAAGUAUGGUAAGUAUGCAUCUUGCAAGUUCAGGAAAGGUCGUGACGCGAGUCCACCUACGUUGAUGUACUAGUGGACGCUGGGCACAGCACGUCCCAAAUUGGAAUGCGUGCGUUAUCCUUUGGAAUGGGGGCCUGAUUGGGAACCCCCCAGGCGUUAUGUGCUUCGUCUGAAAACGGAGCUAGUGUGUCUUUGGUCGAGCGAUUGAUUCUAACGAUUGAGCCACGCCUCUGGUAACAUUCCUGGCGGCUUUCAGGCGCGCUGGGCCACUGGUCUACCAUGACCGCUUGUAACACCGAUGAGUA